AUCUUUUCCCGUAGCCCAUGGACUCGCACACUCUUACACACAGUAGCUCAUCUAUGCAUUUUCUCUGAGGAUUCUCAUUUGAUUAUUUGCACUUACAAGCAGUCAAGAAAAGGAAAGUUUGCGUCUUCAAUUGAAGCAAAUUACUUUGAAUGGCUUUGGUUGUAAUUUGUGGGCAACCAUGCAGUGGGAAGUCAAAGGCUGCUCUUUGCCUGGCUGAAGCUCUGAAAGACAUAGAAUCUAAACCUACUGUCAGAAUCAUCGACGAGACUUCCUUUCAUCUUGAUCGUAACCAAAGCUAUGCAGAAAUGACCUCAGAAAAGAACUUAAGGGGAGUGCUUAGAUCCGAAGUCGAUAGAUCCUUAUCGAAAGAUAACAUUAUCAUAGUGGAUUCCUUAAAUAGCAUAAAGGGUUAUAGAUAUGAGUUAUGGUGCCUUGCACGUGCUGCAGGAACUAGGCAUUGUGUUCUCUUCUGUGAUGUUGAAGAAACCCACUGUCGGGACUGGAAUAAUGAACGUCGGGAGAAGGAUGAACCUUCGUACAAUGAUCGCAUAUUUGAAGAUUUAGUAAGAAGGUUUGAAAGACCAGAUAGAAGGAACCGUUGGGAUUCACCCUUAUUUGAGUUAUGGCCAUUUAAAGAUGGAAUAGAGAAAUCUUCUCCUGCCAUUUUAGAUCUCGUAUCUUACUUAACCAAAAAAGUGGACUCAAAAACCAAAGAUAUUAAAAUCUUGCAACCAACAAUAGCAACACAAAGUGCUCGUUUUUCAGAGGCGAAUUCACUCUAUGAAAUGGACAAAGCUACACAGGAGGUAACCAGUGCCAUUGUUGAGGCUCAGUCAUUGGCCAUGGGUGGACCUGUGACUGGACUCUCUCUUGGCCCAGACUUGCCAACUAUCAACAUUUCUAGGCCAGUUGGGUUACCGGAGCUUCGGAGGCUAAGAAAGACUUUCAUAAAGUUGACUGGCCAAUCGAGCUUAAGUGGGCCACCACCACCUUCAGAUGCCGACAGUGCAAAGAGAAUGUUUAUCGACUACUUGACCAGAGAAAUCUGAAGUGGAUGAAGAAUGAGGAUGUUACAGGCUAUGCUUUGACAUCUAACUGGCAUCCGGAUCCAGCUUUGCAUCAAGGUCGGUUUUGUGGUAAAUUCUCGACCUUUAUAUGUUAUAUAUUCCGCAAAAGAAUUGCAUAUUCUUACGAGUGAUUUGCUUCUUGAAUACCAUAUUCUAGCUUUUCGUUGCAAACUAACCAUCGUUGUUAUGGAAAAUGUCAGCAAAAAAACUAGUCUACUGUUACAGCAAACAACAUCCUCCUUGGGAACUUUUUGUCCAAAUUGCAGUUUUUUGGGGGGCAUAUUUAUAAGAAUGCUUUUUCUUUGUAACCAAAAGAGAAAUACAAUGUAUGUUGUGGUAAAGUCAGUUUUAUGGCAUUUUCACAUUGAUAUGAUGUCUUCAGCUUCACUGUAUUUUCCAACUGCAGGAAAAGAAAGAUUUUGUUGUUAUUUUUUAUUUCAUCAAUUUCUGAUUAUUAUUAAACCGAUUCAAACCCAGAUGAAGCUUUGACCAUUUAGA